ACUCUUUGUUUAUCCUGCCGAGCAAACGCAGUCAUUCAAACGCCAGCAGCGGUUAAUCCACCGCCAAAGAUCGUCGAAACGUCACUGAUAAACUCGACUAUUGGAUAAUCUGUCACACCGGUGGGGAAUUCCACUCACUCACCAUACGAUCUCUCAUUUUCCUCGCCCAAAAAAAUUAAUCGAUUGGGAAAAAGAGCGCAAAAAAUUGAAACGAAUAAAAUUCGUUAAUGAACCCUCAGAUGUUCGUAAUCACGCGACGACGGGGAUAAUUGAGAGAAACUGACUGAUAAUAUUGCAACAGUGUCUGGCGAAUCGCACGAGACGUCACUGUCAAUCCCACACUUGUCGUCCACUCGAUAAUCCCUCGUAUCCGACGAAUUUAAUCGAAACAAACGCCAGAAAUGAAACAAUUGCACGUGUAGUGACUCACCAGAACGGAUGAUUGACGACGGCUAGCGAUUAAAUCCACGCGAGUGGCUGAAGUGUGUCGAAAAACACUGGAGAAUCACCUACGAGAGCACUGUCGGGGCCAUUUUGGAAUAGAGUGGGCGAUCAGCUGUUUCCGAUGAGCACUGCGCACAUCUCGGACGCAAAUCGUGACACUUUCGGGGAGCGGUCAUUUAAAUUUCUUCCGCGCUCCGAAAUGAAGUCAACACUUCAACUCAGUCCCAGUGUUGAUGAAAAUUCUGAUUAAUUAUAAAAAUUAAGAAUGAAGAGGGAAAGAUACGACUUUUUUAAUUGUAGGAACUCCACAUCGGCGCCCGCCGCCAGGAUGAAAUGUUACUACGAAGUGCUCGGGGUGCCCCGUGACGCAAGCGACGACGCCCUGAAGAAGUCCUACCGCAAGCUAGCCCUGAAAUGGCACCCGGACAAGAACCUCGACAGCCCGUCCGAGGCGAAAGAGCAGUUCCAACAGGUCCAGCAGGCCUACGAGGUCCUGUCUGACCCUCACGAGCGUGCGUGGUACGACAACCACCGCGAGGCCAUCCUGAAGGGCGGGAUCGGGGAGAACUACAAGGACGAGUCGAUAGACCUCUUCCAGUACUUCUCCCCGAGCAGCUUCCGGGGCUACGGGGACGACGAGAAAGGCUUUUACACGGUCUACCGUCGGGUCUUCGAGACGCUGGCAGCUGAGGACGAGGAAUUCGCGCGGGAGGGGGAGUCCGACGAGGAAAUCCCGAGUUUCGGCGACGCCAACAGCCCUUACGACGCCGUUGUGCACCCCUUCUACGCCUAUUGGCAGAGCUACUCGACGAAGCGCUCCUUCGCGUGGCUAGACCCCUACGACAUUCGCGAGACGCCGAACAGGCGAGUCCUCCGCCUCGUCGAGAAGGAGAACAAAAAGGUGCGCGAGAGAGCGAAGCGCGAGCGGAACGAGCAAGUCCGCAAUCUCGUGGCGUUCAUUCGGAAGCGAGACAAGCGAGUGCAGGCGCAUGCGCAGGCGCUCGCGGAGAGGGCGCUGGUGAACGCGAAGAAGGCUAAAGAACGCCAGAGGCAGCAGCUCCUCGAGAGACGGAGGGAGCUGGAGAGCCACGCGGUCUCGGACUGGUCAAAAUUCUCGAAUAUCGAGGCGGAGUUGAAGCGCAUCGAGGCCGAUCUGGCUGCGGAGUUUGGGGAGGAGCUCACGGGGGAUGAGGACGAUGAGGAGGAGGUGGUGAACUCGAAUGCGCUGUACUGCGUGGCUUGCAACAAGAUCUUCAAGACGCAGAAGGCCUUCAGCAAUCACGAGAAAUCGAAGAAACACAGGGAUAAUGUGGGGGCGAUGAAGAGCGCUAUGGUCGAGGAUGACGAGAACUUUUGUUAUAGCGAUGAGGGGGAGGGGAAUUCUGGGUCUGAGGGGGAGGGGAGGGGAGCUACUGGCCCGGAAAUGCCGGACUUCUUGGUCAAUCCUGAGACGACGAAGGGUGAGGAUGAGGAUGAUGAGGCGUCGGAGGGGGAGUUAAUCUCAGAUUCUGAAGAUGAUGAUGAUGAUGAUGGGAAAUUGGAUAGAGUGGGGGAGAAGAAGAGGAGAGGGUAUACUGUUGUCGAACCUCAGAUGGACACGACAGGAUAUCUAUUUCCGGGGAGUGAAGAGCCAAAAGAAAUAGAGGAUGAAGGCACGACUGAGGGGGAAUUGGUGUCGGACCAGGAGGACGAGGAAGAAAUGGUUGUGAUGAGUAGAAAGAAGAAGAAGAAAGGAAAGGGGGUGAAGAGUCCUGUUGUCGACGAGAGUGACGAGUUCGAUGGUGAUGUUGGGUUGUCCAAGAAGCAGAGGAGGAAGAGGCAGAAUAGGGAGGAGUUACUGAAGAAGAGGAGGGAGGAUAAAAUAGAUGGGGGGGAUGUCGAGGAUGAGGGGAAGUCUGCGGAGAAGGCAGAGUCAAGUCUUCUGGGGGUGAGCGCCACUCCGGCUGUCAAGACGAAAGGGAAGAAGGCGAAGGAGUCGAGAAAAGCUCAGAAGCAGGCGGAAGUCAAGUCGAAGCCCCAGCGUGGCAAAGGGGAGGGGAAAUCCUCGGAUAUUCCGGACGUCGAGCACUUCUGCGUGACUUGCAAAGCGGAAUUCCCCAGCAAGAAUAAGUUGUUUGAUCAUUUGAAGAGGACAGGGCACUCGGUUUACUUACCGACCACUGCGAAGUCGAAGAAAAGUCAGGAGAGGAAGUCCAGGGGGCGGGAGAGGCUCGACAGCGAUACAGAAUGAAUUUAUUUCUUUGUAAAUAGGUGGAUAGAUGGGGAGGUGGGCGACAGAAAGAUGUAAUUAAUAUAAUUUAUUGUAAUCUGUGACGAACUGACAGCAAUAAAUGGAUUUUUUAUCU